GCACUUUACCAUUGUUACAUCAGGCAAGGACAUGCUAAUGGGUAAUGGCUUUUGCUUAUUCGAGCUAUCUUUAUGAUUAAACCAAAUACAAUCCAAACUGAAAUACAUGAGAUAUGAUGCAUCGGAUAUUAAAAUCAUAAAAAUAUGAUUGUCUAAACCUUAAACUGUUGCGAUAGAUAUAUCCUUAUAAGAUUGAAUCUGUGGGCCUACGUAAUAUGUGUAAAAACUUUAACUGAAUCAACGAAUGUAACCGUUAUAUUCAUCGCUACGUUGGAUCAGUCCGAUGAAAAGGAUCUCAACUUACAGCACGAUAUCACAAGAUUUAUAUCAUACUAUUUUCUUUCCUGAUCGUGAAAAUCGGGCAACUCCCUUGUGCUACUGAGUUCUUCGCAAUGGCGGCUGUUCUUCGUCUAUUGAAAAAUUCCGUGUUCUUGAUGUAACUGUUGAAAAGUGGAUAUACUAGUGUAAUGAGUUACAAUAUAUUUUACAACUAAUUUGAUGACUCUUGUAUAAUGUUAAAACGUCAUUAAUAAGUCGAUGGAUUCGAUCUAUGGAUAUCUUCUUCCGCAAUAUCAUGAUGUUGAAGUGCACUGCGCGCGCGCGCACCUGUGUGUUUAUAACUCUCAUACAUUCGCGUGUAUAUAACGUAAGGUGACAUGCCUAGCAGUCGCGACAUCGAAAGAGGUGAACGUAAUGGGAGAUUUAGAUCACGGAGGAGAAGUAGUGCAGGCAGUGAUGUAAACCGUCAUAGCUUUGAGAGCUCUGAUAAAAGCAGACACAGACGGCAUGGGAAGAGUAAAAGUUCUGGUAAAAAAAAGAAGAAAAGGUCACGCGACAAAUCUUUAGAAAGCGUACCAACUGUAGCCUCUUCUAUCGUCAAACCAUUGGUUGAAUAUUCCGAUGUAAGUAGCGAAGAUCUAUCUGAACCAGAAGCAGGAGAAAUUCAAUCAGAGGAUAGCAGAGGUAAUAGUUAUACAGACGGAGAUGUACCUGAAACUGUUCUGCAAAGGACGUAUUACAGAAAUAGUCCUCAAAGAACUCUUGGGGCAUCACCAAUUAGUCUUUCACCUUCUCCUCCAGUACAGCACAGACAUUCUAAUAGACAUUACUCGUCAAACGAGCAACAACCUGCAACAAGUAUGCACAGUGGAACGCCAGAAUAUGAGGAAGAAUCUAGACGUUAUCCUAGAAGGAAAGAGAAGAAACAUAAACGGGAGAAAAAGAAGAAAAGAAGUUUAAGUCCAUCUUCUAGUAUAGGUAAAAAGAAGAAGAGAAAAUCUAAACGAUGUUCUCGUAGCCUUAGUCCACAUAUAACUGAAGAAGUUAUAAUCAGUCCAGAUCAUGAAAAGCCAGUUGAAAAUUGGUCAGAAUCCCCUCCUUUACCUUUGAAAGAUAGUACUUCUCCUAUUUCUCCUGCUACUCCUCAAGAACAAAGAUGUCUUAGCGACGUAGAACUUGAGUUGAUAAGGCAACCUAGGAACGUUACACCACCUCCUCAUUCACCUAUUCGACAAACAGAGUCACCGCAUACUCCAUUAUUACCACCUAGGGCAACAACGCCAAUAGGUAACAAAACAAGCACAUCUACAAGAAAACACAGUCCAGAGAGACAGAAACAUAGUCCCAAUAUACAUACAAGACAUAGUCCCGCUAGUCCCAAUGCAACAACCAGUUCAGCUCGUAGGCGACCUCAUAGUCCUAGUCCAGCAAGGCGUAGAGAUCAUAGUCCACCACGGAGAAGAGAUUUUAGUCCAAUUUUACAUAGAACCAGACACAGUCCUAGUCCAUCAACAUUGAGACGAAGAGAAUUUAGUCCCAGUCCUGUAAGUCACAGAAGAAGAGGUGAUCCUUCUACAUCUCCUCCUUCGAGUAAACGUAGAAGAAAAGAAAUAGGAUCUGAUCGAAGGUAUAGACAUCAUGAAAAAGAUAGGAGGGAUAAAAGAAAAUCAAGAUCAAUUAGAAGUCCUACCAGCAGCAGGUUGCCUAUGCCACUUUCACGAUCUCGAUCUCGUAGUCCUGGGCGAUGGACUAGAAAAAUGCAAUCACGUUCAAGAUCACGUUCGCGAAGAAGAAGUCGAAGUCCUAAAAAAUCACGUUCACCUAGUAAAUCACACAAAUCAUCGAGGAAGCAUAAAUCAAAAAGCCCACGUCCCUCGAGGAUUCCUUCUCCAUCUCCACAUAGGUCAAGAGUUAGAAGCCCUACAAGUAUUACUGCAAGAAAUCUUCGAAUGCAAGCUAAAAUAAAUGAAACUAGUUUGUUCGCUGAACUCGUUAAGGAUAGAAAUAUGAGAGAAUUGGCAUAUAAAAAGUUACAAGCGGCGAAGGAGAAAGCUAUCAAUCAAGACGAGGUUCAAAUAAUAGAAGGCACGGACGAGAAAGAUUCAAGUACCGGAGCGACCGAAAAUAAGGCUAACUUUGAUAACAAAAGCAAACUUUUAAGUCAUAAAGAACCAUUGAAAUCAUCAAACGAAACUAGUAAAAAUCUUGAUGUUGUUAACAUUCCAGUUCCGGUCACAGAAGAUAUUAAUACAGCAGGAAGAACUCCACCUUUACCAAUGCAUUCGACACAUAGUGCACCAUCUAAUGUUAUACCAAGGACAAGUGCACCAUCUCAUACCGUCGUGCGUACAUCACCAACAAUAUCCGUACCCAACAAUUGUCAUGCUACUGUUGCAAAUAGUCCGAGCAUUCCAGCUAACAUGAGUGCACAGCCUCCGCCACUGCCUCAACCUGAAACUAGAAAUACAUCAGGCUUGUCACAUGUACCUGUACCAGUGCCUAUUCCUGUACCAAUAAUGCCAACAGUUAUUGCAAAUUUAUCUGUUCCUCCGCCACCUAUUCCUAUUCCAGUUCCAGCACCAAAUACAGUUAUGUCCAAAUUUAAUUCACCAAAUAACCUAGUUCCUUUGAAAUCAGUGGAUCCGCCAAAGCCACCUAUUGUAGCAUUUAAGACUAAGAGUUUAUCAAAAUUACCAUUACCACCUGGUAUUAAUCAGAACGAUUUGGAGAGUAUAGAUUCACCUCCUAGUCAUUCGCCAAGUCCACCAAGUAAGGCACAAAUGAAAUUCCCAUCUUCGACUCCCAAACCGCCGCAGAAAAAGAGCAUUAAAGAUUUGCCUAUGCCACCAGUCGUUCCUGGAUCUGAAGAUUUGAGUGGAGAAGAAGAUCCAAGUGCGACGCCACCGCAACAUGUAGUUGAGCGUGUCACUCCAAAGCCAAAAUUGAAGAGGCCAAAAAUAUUAAAAAGGAGAAGUUCACGAAAUUGUCACCUUCCUAUGUCAGCCUCUGGUGGUAAAGAUUGGGGCGAACGUUGCGUUGACGUAUUUGAUUUUAUUACACAAAUUGGGGAAGGCACUUAUGGUCAAGUAUAUAAAGCUCAAGAUAAGAGAGCAGGUAUACUUGUUGCCUUAAAAAAAGUUCGUUUGGAAAAUGAGAAGGAAGGUUUUCCUAUAACGGCGGUUCGCGAGAUUAAAAUAUUAAGACAGUUAAAUCACAAGAAUAUUGUUAAUCUUCGAGAAAUCGUGACUGAUAAGCAAGAUGCUUUGGAUUUCAGAAAGGAUAAAGGAUCCUUUUAUCUUGUCUUUGAAUAUAUGGAUCACGAUUUAAUGGGACUGUUAGAAUCUGGCAUGGUUGAAUUUAACGAAAUGAACAACGCCAGUAUAAUGAAACAAUUAUUAGAUGGACUAAAUUACUGUCAUAGUAAAAAUUUCUUACAUAGAGAUAUUAAAUGUUCUAAUAUAUUGAUGAAUAAUAAAGGGGAAGUAAAAUUAGCAGAUUUUGGAUUGGCGAGGCUUUACAAUGCUGAAGAUCGUCAAAGACCAUAUACGAAUAAAGUUAUUACCUUAUGGUAUAGACCACCUGAACUGUUAUUGGGUGAAGAACGGUACGGGCCUGCUAUUGACGUUUGGAGCUGCGGAUGUAUUUUGGGAGAAUUAUUUUAUAAAAAACCUUUAUUCCAGGUAAAGGCAAACGUAGAAGUACUACAAUUAGAAAUGAUUUCAAGAAUUUGUGGUACACCUACUCCAGCCGUUUGGCCAUCCGUUAUAAACUUACCCUUAUGGCAUACGCUUAGACCAAGAAAGUCACAUAGACGACGUUUAAGAGAGGAGUUUUCACUUAUGCCAUUACCAGCAUUGGAUCUUUUGGAUAAAAUGUUAGAAUUAGAUCCUGAGAAACGUAUAACAGCAGCUGACGCAUUGAAAAGUAAUUGGUUGAGAAAUGUGGAACCUGAGCGGAUGCCUGUACCUUCGUUGCCAACUUGGCAGGAUUGUCAUGAAUUGUGGAGCAAAAAACGAAGACGUCAUUUAAGGGAACAAAAUGAGGGCACUUCUGCGGGAAGAAUGCCUCUUUCAAAUCUUCCAAAUAGAGGAGGAGGUCCUCAUAGAGCCAUUGAAGAUAUAUCAGAAGUUGGAGGAUCUUCUAAACGGUUGAAAAUGGAAGCAGGCUAUAAUUCUCAUACAAAUCGUCUCAGUACAGAAUCUCAUUAUGGGGGAGAUGGAUUAUUUAAUCAAAGUGGCCCUUUUAUGGUUUCUCCAUCAUCAUCGUACUACUAUAAUAGUCCUCCACCAAUAAAAUCAUCAAUUAAUCUAAAGGGAGAUGCUACUUCGCAUACUAUUGAAGGAAAUACAGAAGAUACUCUUGCACGAAAAUUGAGCGUUCUCACAAAUGCCUUAAAUCAAGGGAAGCCGAUACGUGUUGAUGAUCUUAUGUCAUUGCGAUCAGAUAAUGAGACUGAUCCAAAAGUAGUGCAACUGUUAGGAGAUCUGCAUGCCGAACUACGACUUGCCGGGAAUACAAGACCAAGUGGCCAACUGGAAUCUCACAUUCCUAUAUUAAAUCCACCUCCUAUAGAUACAAAGAUGAUCUCAGUAGGAAGUUUUGAUGCACAUGCUGUUUACGCAGGUGAUGAUGCAGUGAGUUCCGGUAGAUGGUCACAACUGGCAACAGUUGGCGUUCGCAGUGCACUCUCUGCACUUAUGUCAUGUUAUGGUUUGGAAACUUGUAAUCCUUCCCCUUCUAUUACUCGACCCCCAGAUUGAAGAGACAACCUACAAUAGUGUGUCAGCUAAAGAAAACUGAGGUUAGGUCGUCCAAUGCCGGCAAUGUCCUAUUUAUUGAAGAAGAAAGAUGGCGGAUCGUUCUGUGGUCGAGAUAACUGAGGCGUUCCCGACGUAUCAAAAAAGGAUUUUGAGGAAACCCAGAUAAUAAAAUAUCUUUUGUUUCCUUUAAUGAGUUUGUUCAUUUAUAUGUUCAGCACGAUACACAGAUGUAUGCAAUAAAAUUAUAACGGUACAAUUAACGAUUAUCUUACGUGGAUAAAGAUAAUAAAAAGAGGCAUCUCGAACUGCCUAAUAAUACCUAACCUCGAAAAAAA